UAAAAGUUGCAGGGAAAGCCGGCGGGAGGCAGAUCCAACGUGCACGGAGCAAAACACCAACACUGCACUGAGAGGCAACACCCCACGUGUGCAACAUGUCUUCAACGCACUUCAACAGGGGCCCAGCCUAUGGCAUGUCAGCUGAAGUCAAAAGUAAGCUAGCACAGAAGUAUGAUCCCCAGACGGAGCAGGAACUGCGGAAAUGGAUAGAGGAAGUGACGGGGAGGCGGAUUGGAGAAAGUUUCAUGGAAAGUUUGAAAGACGGAGUCAUCUUGUGCGACCUUAUAAACAAACUCCAACCAGGAUCUGUGAAGAAGGUGAAUGAGUCCACCCAGAACUGGCACCAGUUGGAGAACAUUGGCAACUUCAUUAAGGCCAUCACAAAAUAUGGAGUGAAGCCCCAUGACAUCUUUGAAGCUAAUGACCUUUUUGAGAACACAAACCAUACCCAGGUGCAGACUACUUUGAUUGCUCUUGCCAGUAUGGCCAAGACAAAGGGCAACAAGGUGAACAUAGGGGUGAAAUAUGCUGAGAAACAACAACGCAAAUUCAUGCCUGAAAAGCUGAAAGAAGGACGGAAUAUCAUUGGGCUACAGAUGGGAACCAACAAAUUUGCCAGCCAGCAGGGAAUGACAGCAUACGGCACACGUCGGCAUCUCUAUGACCCUAAGUUGGGCACGGAACAACCCAUAGAUCAAGCUACAAUCAGCCUACAGAUGGGAACCAACAAGGGAGCUAGCCAGGCGGGCAUGACUGCUCCAGGAACCAAGCGACAAAUUUUCGAUCCCACUCUAGGCAUGGAGCAUUGUGACACCCAGAACAUUUCACUGCAGAUGGGCAGCAACAAAGGGGCCUCGCAGCAGGGCAUGACUGUGUACGGGCUGCCACGACAGGUCUAUGACUCCAAGUAUUGUCUCACGCCCAACUAUCCCAUCAUCGGAGAGGAUGAGGACCAGUACAACCAUAGCCAUCAUAACUUCUACAACUCAGAGUAGACACCAGAAAUCACGGAACAGACAUUGAAAAGAGACCCUGGCACACCAAAGAUGCUUUCUCCUAAAGAUCAAGUGGUUGUUUUCACCUGGGACAAUAAGAAGAGCCAGAGAGUUUCUGACAUGGCUUACCAGAGACUUCUUAAGUUAUGCGAAAGCCAGGUCUCUCUUCUACCAUUGAGCCUUUAAGCUUCACCUUGAUACCUUCACGCUUUAUUUAACUUAUCAAAUACAGCCACUACUCUUAAGCACAUACUAAUGUGACACAAAGCCCUUGGAACAGAAUGUCACAGUAAAACAACUCAGUAGUUUGGCAGAAAUAGAAACAAGGGAAUGCAUAUUGAUUUCUCAUCCAUACUUGAUUGAAAGCAAGAGUCUAGCCUCCACUAGAAUCACUGCUCCCUCCCCUAUGGCUUGUGCUCACAUCAGUACACAAGUAGACAAUGGAGGAAAAGCUUUUACUCAGGAAUGUCCAAGUUCCUCUGCUUCACUCUGCACAUCCAGUAACAGAAGCUUUGCCUCCAUUAGUCGCACAUCACUUGGUUUGUUCUGUCUUCAAUCAGUGUAGGGUAAAAGGACAAGCUCUCAGUCUGCCUACUUCAGUUCUGCUUUCUAAGUGUCAUUUGUACGAGAGCUGAAAAAACGAACCAGCUCUUCACUUCCUGGAAACAACAUGUUUAGGCAGAAUAAGUGUAAUGUUGAGAGAGGCUGUAGAAGGAGGCUGGACUUACCUGGCAGGUUCACCUAACCAGACAGGGUAUGUUCACAUGGCACAUCCAAAGAUCAGAAAUAGUUCAAGAGUGAUGUGACAAAUUAUUUGGAACUGGUGAUGGCAGGGAGAUAUAAACAUAAAUCAGGGCUGCAUAUCUUUCUGCCAUAAUUGGACUGCCUGAAAAAUAAACUGAGAAAUAGUCAAUAAUGUAAUCUUAGUGGAAAAGACCAACCCCCCCCCCAAAAAAAAACCACACUAGUUUGCUCAGUUCUUAAUCUGUAAUAAGCAAUUUUACACUGAAGGCUUCCAGGAGUGGCAGUUCUCCUUUCUGACCCCACCUCAUUGGGGAGAGAUGUCCCAGGCUACCAAAAACAAACAAAAAAGUGUGUGCUUGUGCAUGUGACACAUAACUCAAAUUGUUAUAAUACAGAAAGCUCUUGUGCUUGGAAAUAGGAACCUCCUAGUAAUUCCUGGCUACCUGUUCCUUCUCUUGUGGCUGCCUCAGUUAUUAGUAUUACCAGCAAUCUUGUUUAUCCUACAUCAAUCACCCAUGCCCAUCACACUUACUUCCUAGUACAACAUGGAAAUAUCAAAUAGUUUCACAAAAAAGCAAACCAUCUGUAUACAGUCAGAGAAAAAAAAUUAAAUUCUUUAGGUCUAAAACAUGCAAAACCUUGAAUAAGAUUAGGAAAAGCACUGGUUGCUAAUGAACUAAUUUAUUUUUAAAACAAAGAUGUUUCUUCUAGUCUCUUAUCAACAUUCACACACCUUGAAUGAAGACAGAAUCACCAUAAUAUUGUGUAAUGCAAGGGGAGGAAAAUGAAUUUAAAAUAAUUAAGUCCCACUGAAUUCACUGGUACUUACCUAAGCAUCUAGAUUGGGUUUAACAUAAGGGUAUCAAUUGAUUAAAGAAACAUCAGUCAAUGAAUUUUAUGAAUUUUAAUAAAUCACAUUUGCAUGGAUUUGCAUACAAUACCACAAUCAUUCUGAACAAAAUAGCCUUGACUCUCUUUUUACAUGAACCUGCAUGUGCCAUAGUAGGCGCUAUCUCAGAAAGGCAUUCACUCUCAGGGGAGGGUGAGGGACAAAUGUCUCUUGCAUGGGAGUACUGGUCGUUACUCUGUAAUUUUAUUAAAAUCUUUUCAAUCUGCUGAUGGAUAAAAAUACUGAAUCAGUCUAUUAGAUUAAUAAUCUAAACACUGUAGAUCUACUUUAGGAUUGAUGCGCUUAUCUAUGUUCCUAUCAAUUGUGUGUACAGUAACAAUCAACUUCACUAACUUUCCAUAUUGUCUGCUGGUAAAUUUAGAGUUUGUGAAGGCAAACAUCUGUCCACUGUCUCUCAAUACACAGUACCAGAUAUUGUUACAUACAAACAUUUGGGGAAAUGGCAAAUAUCUAGACUACUGAGAAGUCAGCUGUAUAACUUUGGAACUCAGCUGCCUUUAACUUCUCCCUUGAAAUUCCCGAGUUAGAAGCAUUCUGCAUGCUGAACUGCAAGAUACACUAUUUCAUUAAAAACAAAAUGCCAUUUAUAAACAUAUUUUUUGUAAUGCUCUGCUAAUAAAUAUUUCUUAAUUUCACUCUGGCACAAUAAAAAACAGAAAAAGUUA